AUGGGACGGGAAGGGCAGGACAAGCGCAAGAAGCAGUGGAUGGGCGGCCGCGAUGGCAACAAUAAACGUCAUCGAGGAGCGUUAGGGGUUGCAGCUAAUGCGAAAGGACACGGGGCAGUACUCGUAACAUGCGACAAGAUCAGAGAGCGCCAGAGCGUCAGUGAUGCGCUCAAUGUUCUGAACGAAGCGGCCGAUCGAUUCUUCCCGGCUGUAGAGGAAUCGAAUGAGGACGGGGUCCAGAAAGACGCCGAUGAAAAGAAAGACUCAGUGCAGACGAAGCUACAGGAGGAGAUUGACGCUCUGCAGACGCAGGCAAAGAAGCGUCAGACGGGCAGGUUCACACCUUUGGACACUGGAGUCAAGGGCACCGUGCUGAUUCAGUUUAAAGACGACAGUAUGUCUCCUACAGCCCUACUAGCUAAAAUCUUUGAGCAAGUGGAGCAUUCCAAGGACUUUGCAUCGAGGUUCAUCACGAGGAUGAUCCCACUGGAGAAGAUCGGCUACUCGAGUGUGGAGGCGAUCAAGGAGCUCGCUACCCCGAUGAUUCACGAGCACGUGAAGGCUUAUCGCGAGGAGCAAAAAGCCGCAGGCACGGAUGAGCCGCUUGAGUUUGCAGUAGAGUUCAAGCGUCGCAAUUGCACUGAUCUCAACAGCAAGGACGUCAUAGAUACGCUCGUCGAGUUGGUGGGGGAAGACAAGACCAAAGUGAACUUGACGACGCCCCGCUCAGUUUUGAUGGUUGAGGUCAUUCGGAACACGUGCGGCUUUAGUAUUUUGACGGACUUCAAUCGCUUCAAAAAGUACAACGUGCGCUCGGUAAUCGACCCGCCUCGACCUGGUCAGCAGACGGCAAAGAAAGGAAAAGGGACUCACGAUAAGGUAGAGGAAAAGAAUGAAGUGGCCGACGUCGAUGAAUGUGCCAAGGAGAUAGAAGAGAAGGAAACGAGUAGCACCGAGGUGACAGCGGACGACGCGUAA